GGACAGAAACGUGGAGCUCCUAAGCAGUAAUUGCAAUGGGAUCACCAGUGAGGUCAUGUGCGCGCCAUAACAUGACAAUACCACCAGAGUAGCCUUGAGCAGCAACUUGGAUAAGAUCAGUAAAGUUAAACUCGUUGAGAAGAGGUGUGGUCCUCCAUUCUGGUCUCCGUGAGGCAUAGAAUAGUGGGGUUGUUCCAUUUGAGCAAAAAAUGCAAGUUAUGCCUAAAUCUGGUUGUUGGCGCCACGGUAGUUCCAUAACAUGUUCUUCAUGGAUCUAUUUGUCGUAGGGGAUGAUCUCCCUCCCGGAGCGAGUGCCAUUUCCAAAGUCAUUGUAAGUUGAUGGUUUUUGCCUAUCGCCUCCUGAAGUGGUGGCUGUGGAUGCAUUGUUGGUAUCAAAAGUGUGACAUACUUCUGGUCCACAGAGUAAGGGUCGAGACGAAUAUUUAAGGAGAUCGUUUCCAAGGUUGGAGGAGCCAGUAUCAAAAAUCUUCUUUCGAUGUUUUCAUGCAUGGUGAGAGUCAAUGGCUGUUCAGGUUCAGUGUCUCCAUAAAUGUGUUGUGGAGAGGCGGAUUGGCAUGAUCUUCUUCUUCUAUGUCCGAUGGUGGCGUGGCUGGUGGUGGUGAUGGAGGCAGUGUCAGUGGUAGCCGAUGAAAGUCCAUCUGUGGUGGAGCCUGGUGCAACAUUUUUGGGAAUACCUGUUGAGGCUGGCCAUUGUAGUAGGGCCAGAAAUGUGGAGGUGGGGUACAUUUAAAGGUGGCGGCAGUUUUUGCGGUUGAGGCAGCCAUUGCUGAGCUUGAGUGAGUUGGUGGUUGAGUUCCAAAUCAGCGACAUCCUGGAGGUGUAGGAUUUGCAUGACAUGAUUAUGUUGAUUGUCUGGUAGUCCAUCCUGAAUGAGUGUCAUGAGGAGGUCGUUGUUGUCAAGGAUUGUUGUGACUUGGUGCUGGAGCAGAGGAAGGUUCAACGACAUAUGCAGUAGAGUAUGUUCCGGUGGUGGUAAUGAAACAAGGUUGAAAGGUGGUGGUGGAAUCGAAGCACCCAGGAGAAGGGGCUGUAGGAGGGGUAGUGGUGGAACCAAGUGUGGAGGUAGAAGCUGAUAAUUGUUGAUUUGUAUGUGAGGGACAGGGGUCCUGUUCCUGUUGUUGCGAUGGAGUGGUGGGUAGUCGAUGCAUUGUUAUUGGAAGGUGGAUUUUUUGGUGAGGAAGGUAAUGUUGGUGGUUCUGCAUGGAUGGGAGUAGUGUGAUUUAUAGCGGUGGAUGAAUCAUGACCUUUGGGUAAUGGUGUUUCCGAUGGCACUUGUAUAUCUGUAGUAGACGGAGUAGGGUUAUUAGUGAGGGGGAUCGUAGACGGGUAGGGGUGAUGUGAUAUGGUUAGGUGUUGGUAGAAGAGGGUAUAAGGGUAUGAACUUGAUUGGUUAUUACGGAGGCGUGGUGAAGUCGUGGAAGAGGAUUGAGUGUGCCUGAUGUUGUUGAAGUAGAGGUAUUAAAUUUUAUAGUGUUAUAGGAAGCUGGGUCUUGUCUUUUGUGAUAGGUAGUAGCAGCCGUAUUUGAGGAAUGAUUUGGAGGAGUAGCAGUUGCUGACCCACAACUUUUACCAAGCGGAUUCAAAAUGCAAAAAAGUAAAUAUACAAAGAGAGCAAGAAGCGGCACUGCGUAGAGGCAAAGGAGAUGGCUCUGGGAGCAAUGACUUUGAACUUAGAAGUGAAAGAUUCAGCCAAGAAAGAAGCAAAUGGAAUUGGUAAUUAUUUAUAAUUUUCAGAUUUUUUUUUCUAUUAGGGAAAAACUUGAAAUGGUGUACUUUUCUUUUUCUAAAUUAUACUUAUAUGGAAAAGGCUUUUCUAGUGUAAAAAGGGAAAUGUAAACUUUCCUAUGUCGUAUGUAUGUCCUAUGUCUAAAAGAGUGUCAUACAGAUAUGAUAAACUUUCCUGUUGACUGUUGUAAGUGGAAAAUAAUGAGCGACCAUUUGAGGCUGAAAAGUUUCGAACUCAGGACGUCCUGAUAGACUUGAACCCACUUUGCCAGCGGGCAUAACAUUAUUUUCUCGAAGAAAGAAAAAAUACACUUAUAUACAUAGUGUUAUUUUCUGACGAAGCGGGUUUAUAUGAAUCCUCUUGACCCCAUGUGGGUCCGCCCCUGAGAAGUAGCCUUUGCUUUCAUAUUCUUGCAUGUAGCAGGGGAUGUAGAGGUAACGUGUGUUAAUGUGGAGGAAGUUUGGUUCAUAGUGGCAUGUAAUGAAGAAGGAGAGGCAGGUGAUAUGGUGGGCGGUGGGGUCAUAUCGGCUGACAUAGGGCAGAGUGGGCUAGAAUAUUGUAGAUCUACAUGGGAACUUGUGCGGUCAGAAAGAUGGGGGGCAUGUGGGGGUAGGGGUAUUAGGAGAAUGAUUGUCAUCAAUGGUAGGAUCAGGGGUGGAAAAACAAACUUGUCGGAAAGAGGAAUACUGUAGUUGUUUAAAGUGGCUGUUGAGGCAGGUUUUUGUGUAAUUAUACGGGUAGUGGGGGGCAAGUGUAUAUUAUUUUCGGGUGGUUGUUGAUUAUUGAGGGUUCAUUGUGGAACAUUCCUAUUAUUUUUUGGAGAGACUGUAUGCCAUGGGCUUUUAUCCUCGUUGGACACAAUUGGUUCAGUGGAUUGGGCUUGGGCACUGGUGAAGGGUCCAGUAGGUAUAUUUGAAGGGCAAGAGUUUAAUGUGUGGCCUAGGCAGCCGCAGAGCUUGCAUAGUGGGGUUGUUUCUUCAUAGUGAAUUGUUUGCAGGUGGGUGCCAAUUAAGAUUUCAGUUAGUAGGGGCUUACCAAGGCGCUAGAAUGCAUAAACGAGCAUAACGUCCUUGGGUGGUAUGUGUGGUGUAGGCGUCAAUCUUGAGACGUUGACCAAAGAAAUUUUCUAUUUUUUGUCGGAUUUGUUGGUCAUAAUAUUCCAUAGGGAGUUGUGGUAAACGGAUCCAAAUGGUGGAAAAAGGAGUAUGGGCUUGGGAUGGGUUAAACUUGGGUUCCCAGUGACGAAUGGAGAGAUAUUGAGAACCAAUUAACCAUGGCCCUCUUUGCAUAAGUUUGUGGAAUGUUUCUUGAAUGGUGAAUUUGAUAAGAGAGUAAUCAUAACCUAAAUCGAUUAGAUUGAGAGAUUCUUUGGAUUGCCAGAGUGUUUGUAGUUUGUUUUUGAGGAAGUUGUACGACACCUUGGGGCCUAGUAGUUUGAUAAUAAUGGAUUGGGUCCAUGGGUUGUAUAGUCUUGUUUCUUCAUGCUUAGUAAUAGGAUAAAGUGUGGGAGUGGAGAAGGUUAGAUUCAUAAUUUAAGUGGGCAGUUGGUGACAACGGAUUUAAUUUAUGGAGAUAUGUGGGUUUGGAAGAUGAUUGGUUGGAUAUGGUAGGAUCUUUAGGUCUUUUUUUGCUACGUGUUAGUUGAUCUGUUUCUUGUUCAGAUGGGGGAUGUUUCAUCUUCGAUUGGUUUUCCAUGGUGCUAACAACGAAGAUUAGUUUCUCUCUCUAGAAGCUAGAGAGAAGUCAGAGAACUGAGUUGGAGAAAGUUGGCUCAUUGUAUGUUGCUGUCUCAACUGUUCUAUAAGGAUAAUAGUAAAAUAAUUUUUAAAGUUUUUGGCCAUAAGGUAGUAUUUACAGAUGAAGAUUUUCAUACUAUUACUGGACUUAAGGUUGAGGCAGCUGAUUAUAGCUUUAUUGAUGUUAGAGAGAACCGUUUGACGGAAUGGUAUUUUUCUGAAGUGAAUAGGGGUUUGAAGGUAGAGAAUUUAUUUCAUUUUACGGAAAAGCGGUCUCGAUUGAGUGAUGGUACAACUGUUAAAGUUUCUAUUGAUGUUGAGGCUUGUGAUGAAGUUGUGGUAAAGCUUGCUCAGAUUUACCUAUUGGAAGCCAUUCUGUUGGGUAAAUUUGAAGGUCGAAAUAUGAGCGAUCGUUCUAUGAACAUCAUUGACAACGAAGAGAAAUUCAAGGUUCUCAAGGUGAACCCGUCAUAUCUUCUUGAACAUUCAUCGAAAAUUGAUGUUAGUGAGAUUGUGAAUAUGGUACCAGUCAAAGUUCAAGACAUUAUACGUUCAGAUCAGGUAAAUUUUGAGAAAAAGAUGGAGAAAAUUAUUAAUAAUGCUGGAAAAAAAAUGAAGACACAUGUUGAUAAUUCUGUUAUGGUGAUUAACUACUUUGGUGCAAUUUUUUAG